AGGAAACAAAUUCUGUUUUCUCAGCUAACAUCACCGAAAGAUCUUUUUCUCUCAAACCAAACGAUGCCAUUUUGUCUUCACAACUGCCGCUUUUUCGUCAGGCUAAACAGCAACAGAACUCUUCCCUGUCCGAUACGCCACGCGCGCUUCACCUCACUGACCGUUCAAUCACGUGCCACCAUUUCCAGCGAGCCAGCCAUGGCAUCCAACUCAAUCCGAGUGGCUGCAGCUCAGAUGACGUCAAUCAACGACCUGGCUGCCAAUUUCGCAACCUGCUCUCGCCUCGUCAAAGAAGCAGUGGCUGAAGGGGCAAAAUUGGUUUGUUUCCCGGAAAGUUUUUCUUUCAUUGCGGACAAGGAUGGGGAAAGCGUUAACAUUGCGGAGCCUUUGGAUGGACCGAUUAUGCAACAGUAUUGUUCAUUGGCCAGGGAGUCUGGCAUUUGGUUGUCCCUUGGAGGAUUCCAAGAGAGAGGAUCUGACGAUGAACACUUGCGCAACACGCAUGUUAUCAUUGAUGACUGUGGGAGUAUAAGAAGCAGUUAUAGUAAAAUACACUUGUUUGAUGUGGAUGUUCCUGGUGGACGGGUAUACAAGGAAAGCAGCUUUACAGAACCUGGGAAGGAUAUAGUUUCAGUCGACAGUCCUGUUGGACGCCUGGGUUUAUCAGUUUGCUAUGAUCUGAGGUUCCCAGAGUUAUACCAGCAGCUCAGGUUCCAGCACGAAGCCCAGAUUUUAUUAGUACCUUCUGCUUUUACAAAAAUAACUGGUCAGGCGCACUGGGAAAUUUUGCUUCGUGCUCGUGCAAUUGAGACUCAAUGCUAUGUAAUAGCUGCUGCACAAGCUGGAGAGCAUAAUGAUAAAAGAGAAAGCUAUGGUGACACGUUAAUAAUUGAUCCUUGGGGAACUGUUGUUGGUCGAUUGCCUGACCGCAUUUCAACAGGGAUUGCUGUGGCUGAUGUUGAUUUCUCAUUGAUUGAUUCAGUACGAGCAAAAAUACCAAUCGCUAAGCAAAGAAAGCCCAUCGACUUCUGGAAAACUACAUCUUUAUGAUUGUUGAAGAUUGUGCCCGUCCAUCUAUGCUAUUAUCCUGACAACGUGCCAACUCGCAUCAAAUUCAUGCUGUACCGUAUGAUUCAAGGAACAGUAAUCUAUAUCCUUGCUUGCAUAUCAAGGAUGAUACAGUAAUUAAGAAUAAGUUGGAAUUUGGAAAUAAGUUCAGAUGCCAUUUGUCAGUGAGCAUGCCUGCUUAAAUUAUGCUCACCUUUUUAAUCACAUCUGUGUACUGUCGGGAACUACAAAAUAUUCAUCGAAUAUUUCGAUACUUCAUGCAAGGAUUUGAAUGUAACAUUUUCCUUCUGUUA